AUUUUAUAUAAACUUUUUUUUUGUACACUUGCUACCAUUGAAACAAAAUGCGCGAGCUUUAAAAAAGCAGCAGCAGUCACUAACAGUCAGUCAGUUGAUUCGCACAUCUUCACUUGGACGGUUGAACAUUUAAUUGUCCUACGUGACUUUAUUAUUUUUUUUUUAACUUCUUAAAAUUGAAAAAUUAAUUUGAAUUUAAUUUUUUAAUUUUUUUUCCUCUUUCUUUUUCAUUUUCUAACAAAUUUUUUUAAUUUAAUAUAUUUUUUUUGUUGAAUUUGUGAAAAAAGUGCCUUUUGGAGUGUUAUAAAAAAAAAACAUUCACAGUAUGAUAGUGAUUUUGGUGGAUUUUUGAGGUUAGGGCACCGAUUACCCUUCGGUCCCGCAUGGCCUACCCUUCUAAAAAUUAGAAGAAGAAGAAGAAAGUGAAAGUGAAAAGACACAGACAAGAGUUAAAGUGCAUUUUUGAGUGGUUUAGAUAAAUUCUAACCUAGAAAAAAUUGCGCCAAAAACAAAAAUUGGAGGAAAAAAAGUCAUUUUGGAUGUUUUUUUCUCAUUUUUGGAAUGGUGCAUUGGGGUCCGUGGUUGAAAGAUGUACUAAUCCAAUCUCUGACUGACCUCUCCUUCCCCCGUUCCUUCGUCCGUCCGGAAUCUCCUAAGCCAGAGACAGACCCCUUAGUUGUAAGGUAAAACGUAAGGGAAAACUCGCAAGGAUCUUCUCAAAUUCAAAUAAAAAAAAAAACGUUUUGUAACGAAGAAAGACACAAACAAAAAGGACAAGUAGAGAUUGUAGGCCACGGACCCUUUGGUCGCCCAUGCGCUGGACCCUCUUGCUAGCCCUGGUGGCUGUGGUGCAUCCGGCGGCCGGUCAGACGGACAACACCAUCCGCCGCCGGAGUGCCCUUCCGCCCGAUGAUGACUUCGAUGAGGAUUACAGCGAUGAGGUCAGUCAGAGGCCACCGUGUAGCAGUUGUAGGGCACGUGAAGAUCUCAAAAUGGCCAGUUUGGAGUACAUUAAGGCCUAUGUACUGCACAAUCUUGGCUUUGAUCGUCCACCAAAUCUUACCCAUGUACCAAGGGUACCGGAUUCCAUUUAUGCCAGUUUCUACAAUGUCACAGCAGCCACAAGGCAUGCCCUAGAUCACGAUGAGGAUAUGCUAGCUGAUGCACCGGUAGCUGCAUCAACUGAAUAUCAAAGUCAUCCUGUUCCUGAGACACUCUACAUUCUAGGCAGAGUUAGCAGAAUGCGUCAUGGUCGUAGGCAACCAGAUAUUCUUCAUUUUCACAUCUCACCCAUGACACACACCACAGUUCAGCGUGCCGUGCUACAUGUUUACGUGCACGGUGAAGUAUGGCUGAAGCGUCAUGUUAAUCACGAUCUAACUAGUCUCCAACACCGUCCAAACAUCACCGUGACCGCCCAUCGGAUUGUUCGGAGUCAAAUUCAGCCAUCGGAUACACUUCAUUCACGUGCAGAAGGUGCCACUGUGGUAAAUCUAGAUGCCGGAUUGGGCUCAACAAUCAGCAUAGAUGUCACACAACUUGUGAUAGAUUGGUACAACAAUCCACAGACAAAUUAUGGGCUAUUUUUGAAAAUGCACGAACCAUGGAUGAGACAACUACUGUUACUUGAUGAUCCAGGAGGAAAAAAUGUACCCUACAUUGAAAUAGUGACAAAGGAUCGUCGACAUCGUCGCCCGAAACGUUCAACGAGUCUGACAUGUCGUGAGAAUGAGAAUGAAACCCGAUGCUGUCGAUAUCCCUUGGUUGUGGACUUUGAUAAAUUCGGCUGGGACUGGGUGAUAGCACCAAAGCAGUACGAUGCCAAUUACUGCUCUGGCGAAUGCUCAAUUAACUUUUUAACACGAUAUGGACAUACGCAUGUGAUGCAAUUGGCUAGUUCAGCUCAAGCAUGUUGUUCACCGAGAAAGAUGGCACCACUGACACUUCUCUACUUCAAUCCACAAGAACAAAUAGUCCAUACAACACUCCAAAAUAUGAUUGUACAGAUGUGUAGUUGUUCCUGAGUUACUUAAGCGAAAGAGAAAAAAGAAAAAAAAAACAAAUUUAUAAAAAAAAAUGAGCUAGCGCGAUCUCCAUCGAAUCGAAGACACCCUCCUUUUUUUUCACCAUUAGCAAAGACACACUCCUUCCUCAAAAACUUCCCAAAAAAUACCUUCUUUUCCCACAAAAACCACAAAAAAAAACCCAUCGUAACCUACUUUUUUUCGUCACUAGUGCAACGAAAUCGUAGAUUUUGUUUAUUAUUAUUAAUUAUUAUUUUAUAAAAAAAAAACAAACUUUUAAUUAUAGAUUCAUUUAGUGUUUAAAAAACCUUCAAAUAAGCAUUUUUAGUAAGGACACAUUUCCCAAAAAAAUGUUUUUGGGAUUAAAAUUAAUUUAAAAGUCGAAUAAAAAAAAAAGAGAAAAAAAAGAUGGAAAGAUCAACCUUGGACACAUCGAAAUUUAGGCAAAAUUAUUAAUAAUUAUAUAUAUAUAUAUAUUUUUCCUAAGGUAAAUGUACGACGGUUUAGUACUAAAAACUAGUCAAAUGGAGGAUAAAACAAAAUGUGUUGAAAUUUAGAGAGAGA